AAAAUGUUAUUCGGCGCCAUAUUUAAUACUUCACAAGCUAGCUAGUUAGCUGUUGACAAGUUAGUCUUUUUACUUCAGACGUUAAAAAUAAAGCCAGCAUUCUGUGAAAAUGAAUGUAAUAGACCACGUUCGGGACAUGGCAGCCGCGGGGCUUCAUUCUAAUGUCCGGAUACUGAGCAGUUUGUUGCUAACGAUGAGUAACAACAAUCCAGAGUUAUUCUCUCCGGCCCAGAAGUACCAGCUGUUGGUUUAUCAUGCUGAUGCCAUCUUCCACGAUAAGGAAUAUCGUAAUGCUGCCUGCAAAUACAGUAUGGCACUGCAACAGAAGAAGGUCCUCAGCAAAACAUCUAAAGUUCGAAGUGCUACUGGUGGAGAUGCAUCAAACGUACAGAGUUUGCCUUCAGAGAUUGAAGUGAAGUACAAGAUAGCUGAAUGUUACACCAUUUUGAAAUUGGACAAAGAUGCCAUUGCAGUGCUGGAUGGGAUUCCUUCCAGACAGAGGACACCAAAAAUCAACAUGAUGCUGGCUAACCUGUACAAGAAGGCCGGUCAGGAGCGAUCUGCUGUGACCAGUUACAAGGAGGUCCUCAGACAAUGUCCCCUCGCUCUGGAUGCCAUCAUUGGUCUCCUCUCUCUAUCAGUAAAAGGAGCUGAAGUGGCAUCCAUGACUAUGGAUGUGAUCCAGAGUAUUCCCAACCUGGACUGGCUGUCAGUUUGGAUCAAAGCUUAUGCCUUUAUACAUGCCGGGGACAAUCAGAGGGCCAUCAACACCAUUUGCUCUCUGGAGAAGAAGUCCCUGCUGCGGGACAACGUGGACCUCCUGGUGAGCCUGGCAGAUGUUUACUUCAAGGCAGGUGACACCAAGAACGCGAUCCUCAAAUUUGAACAAGCCCAGAUGUUGGACCCAUACCUCAUCAAAGGUAUGGAUGUGUAUGGUUACUUGAUGGCCCGUGAGGGACACCUGGAGGAUGUGGAGGUUCUGGGAGGACGACUUUUUAAUAUCUCAGACCAGCAUGCUGAACCCUGGGUGAUCUCUGGUUGUCAUAGCUUUUAUAGCAAGCGUUACUCGCGAGCCCUGUACCUCGGCGCCAAGGCAAUCCAACUGAACAGCAACAGUGUGCAGGCCCUCCUCCUGAAGGGGGCAGCGCUGAGAAACAUGGGCCGUGUUCAAGAGGCCAUCAUCCAUUUCAGAGAGGCCAUGCGAUUGGCUCCCUGCCGGCUGGACUGCUAUGAAGGUCUGAUUGACUGUUACCUGGCAUCCAAUGGAAUUCGGGAGGCCAUGGGGAUGGCUAAUAAUAUCUAUAAGACUCUGGGAGCCAAUGCCCAAACUCUCACCAUCCUCGCCACAGUGUGUUUGGAAGACCCCGUUACUCAGGAGAAAGCUAAAACCCUGCUGGACAAAGCUCUGGCCCAGAGACCCGACUACACCAAGGCUGUGGUUAAAAAGGCGGAGCUACUAAGCAGGGAACAGAAAUAUGAAGAAGGGAUUGCUCUUCUCCGGGGCGCUCUGGCCAGUCAGAGUGAUUGCAUCUUGCACAGAAUGCUGGGAGAUUUCCUGGUGGCUGUCAAUGAUUACCAAGAAGCUAUGGAUCAGUACAGCAUCGCACUCAGCCUGGAUCCGAAUGACCAGAAGUCUCUGGAAGGCAUGCAGAAGAUGGAGAAGGAGGAGAGCCCGACGGACGCCACGGUGGAGCUGGACGGCGAUGACAUGGAAGGUAGCGGUGAGGAUGGAGACCUGGAGGGCAGCGACAGUGAAGCGGCCCAGUGGGGUGAUCAGGAGCAGUGGUACGGAUGCAGUGAGCACCAGAACUGGAGGACGCACAGUCGGUAACUCUUUCUACUGCACUGCAGCCUUCACAUGCCAGUGGUGUUGGUGCCCCUACUGGUCAGACAGCUCCUGAGCUUUUGCACACAGUGCAACUGAAAACUCAGAGGCCUCGUUCACAGCUUUUGUUGAACUGAUUCCCAGGUGAGCAGUGCAGCUGCAGAAGGUUCAGUACAUCACGCACGACUCCAGGUAUUUUCCACCUACAUGCCAUUUUCACAUCAUUUUAACACUGUAACACUUACUCUGAAGUCAGUUUCAUAAAAUCAUCACACACAAUGCACUUUUUUUUUUUCCUUUUUCAUUCUGUAGUGGCACAUUUGGAAAAAACAUUCAAUUAAUCCCUUUUUUGUUUUUCUGAUAUACUAUUGUCUGUUGUUUUGUUUCAUCUGUUCCACGUCUGUGGCUGUUGUACUAAAUGUAUCACAGCUCGUUCGUGCUCGCUCUCUCUCUCAAAUUAGAUUAAUAUUUAUGGUUUUGGAUUGUUGAUGAGCUCAAUCGAGUGGUGUCACUUUGGACUUGGGAAAUUGAGCUUUUUUUCUUUUACUGUUUUCUAACAUUUUUACAAAAAGGAUGAAUAAUUUGUUAAAAAAUGUUGAGAUAAUUAAAGUCAUUGUUAUUUGCAGCCUUAAAUAUAUUAAUUACAAAUGCGUCAUUGUACGAACAACAAAGAUUUGCUUUGUGUCUAAUUGUGUGCAGCAGAACAGAUGGAUGCUUGCGGAUAGACGCGGGAAAA